AUGGCGGCGUCGCUGGAAGAACUAUCCUCCAAGUUCGAUGACAUGGCGAAGCAGAUGAGUUCCUUCAGCGGGAUGGCGAAGCAGUUCGAAGGCCAUCGCGAGAUGAUGAGGCAGACGCUCGACUCGGUGAACAGCAUGGGGUCGCGUCAAACAUCUGUCGAGCCCGAUUCUGUUCCCCGCUGGUCGCCUUUUCCUAAGCUCGAGUUUUCGAAGUUCGAUGGCUCGAAUCCGCGCUUAUGGCAAGAUCAUUGUACCAUGUUUUUCGAGGUAUAUGCUGUGCAUCCUUCGCUGAAGACCCGCUUUGCGGCUUUGAACUUUGUCGGCUUCGCGAAGACAUGGUUGCACACGGUGGAGCGGCGCGAACGCAUUACUGAGUGGCCCACUCUUUGCAAGUUGGUGAUGGGGCGUUUCGACAAAGACCAGUACCCAUUGAUUCUGAAGCAAUUUGAAGCCACGGUUCAGACUGCCUCUGUGGCUGAAUUCAUAACAGAGUUUGAGCAAGCUGCCCACAGUUUGCUGCUAUACAAUCCAAACUAUGAUGAAACAUACUUUGUCACGAGGUUUCUUGCAGGCCUCAAGGAGGAAAUUCGUGCUGGUAUUGUGCUGCAUAGGCCACCUGAUGUCGAUACAGCGAGCGCCUUGGCUCUUCUGCAGGAGGCUGAGCUCGGCAAGUCUAAGGGCAGACCUCAGGUGAAAGAUGGUUACAAGAGCUCAUUUAAGGCAUUUGGUGACAAGGUGAGGACAGGUGAGGCUGAGAAACCCAAGCCACAGUCUCUGUUACCUGAGCAAGAGGACAAGUUGGCAACACUUAAGAGUUUCAGACGCCGAAAUGGGCUGUGUUUCAAAUGUGGUAACAAAUGGAGCAAAGAUCAUGAGUGCCCCCCUCAAGUGCCUUUGCAUGUCAUUGAGGAGCUGUUGGAUGCCCUGGAAACCAUAGGAGUGGAUGAUUCUGAGCCUGAUUCUGAAGUUCUGGAGGAAACAGUAAUGGCAGUUGGUCAUGCCACUCUUUCAGAUCAAGCUAAAAGAAGAACUAUGAAACUGUGUGGACAGAUUGGGGGCAAGGAGGUGCUGAUCUUGGUGGAUUCUGUGGGGAUUCUUCCACUCAAGUGCUUUGAUAUGGUGUUGGGAGAAGAUUGGCUUGAAGAAUGCAGCCCAAUGUGGGUGCAUUGGUCUAACAAAAUCAUGAGGUUCACCUAUCAAGGGAAAAGGAUUGAGCUAUAUGGGGUCAAGCAUCAGGUUGAUCAGUUUACUGCUAUUUCUGCUCACUGUUUGCAAGGAUUGUUUACAAAGGAAGCUGUUCAGUUUUGUCUACAGCUGAAACUGGAAAUGCCCCAAACACAGUUGACAGCUGCAUCACAGGAACUGCAUUCUAUCAGUUUAUCUGAUUCAGUUGAGGUACCAGUUGAGCAUCAUCUUCAUCAUGCUCAACAAAGAAUGAAGGCACAAGCUGAUAAAGGCCGCAGUGAGCCUUCUUUAGCAACAUGGGAAGAAGCCAAAGAUCUCCAUCAGUGGUUUCCAAAGUGUCCAGCUUGGGAUCAAGCUGGUUUCCGAGGAGGGAGGAAUGUCAGGAUCAAGGCCAAGAAGACGGCCAAGUCUGAAGGAAAUCCGACAACAGGCGUUGAAGCUGUUCCCAGUGGCUAA